AUGGAUACUCGCCUUUUGGCCCGUGGGCUCCGUGCCCGGCCAACACCGUGGUUGCUGAACCAACAACCUCUAUUCCAGCAAUCUUUCCUCACCAGCACUCUCCGAUACAACUCCUCAAGUACCUCCUCUCAACCACCCAAGCAAACUACCUCCGACUCUUCCGAAAAACCCACACAAAAAUCCUCUGCUUCAACCACCGCCGCCACUACUGCCGCCGCUCCCAAUCCCCAAGGAGCCAACAGCGCCUCAGACUUCGACGACAUCCUCAACAAGCUCGACCUAGGCAACCGCGGCACACAAUCCACAGAUGCCACCAACCGUGGUCGCGGUCGCCGCGGUCUCGCCGACUCUGUCUCCGAGAACGUCGCCUCCCUCAGCGCCAGCGCAGGCAAACACAACCAGGAACGCAUGGCGCAGCAACUCGCCUCGCGUAAAAUGGAAUUGAAGCUGGGACCAACCCUGGGCCGACAAAUCCACGUCGAGCCCGAGCGCGGCGUCGACCUCGCAGCUGCUAUCCGCAACUUGCAGAUCACCUGUUCCACCAACAAGAUCAAGGCGCAAUCGUUUGAACAGCGCUUCCACAAGCGCAAGGGUGCGGUGCGGAAGGAGCAGAAGCGGAUGCGGUGGAAGAAGCUUUUUAAGUUCUCAUUCCAGGAGACUGUUAAGAAGAUCCAGCGGAUGCAGGCGCAGGGUUGGUGA